AUGGCGGGACAUCGCCGGCUCCGCCUCAUCUGUCUACGCCGGUCCGUCUGGACUGCUGCCGUUGGCCACGACACACCACCACCGCCGCCCCCCAUGCACGAACUCCUGCCCCGCCUGAAGCAGCUGGUCCGAGCGGGCAGGCUCGCGGACGCGCACCGCCUGUUCGACGGAAUGCCGCACCGCGACGAGGUCUGUUACGCCACCCUCCUCGCCGGCCAUGCCGCCGCUGGCGACUUCCCCGGCGCGAUGGAGCUCUUCUAUCGCCUCCGCGCUUCCUCUCCGCCGCGCGCGGCCGCGGACUCGUUCGUCCUCAGCCUCGUGUUCAAGUCCUGCGCCGCCGCGGCCGACGCCGGGUUUCUCCCCGACGCCGCGUCGCUGCACGCCUUCGCGGUCCGCUCAUCGGCCGUUUCGUCCGUCUUUGUCGCCACUGCACUGGCUGACGUCUACGCCAAGGCUGGCUGCCUCGGCCUGGCGCUUAAGGUGUUCGACGAAAUGCCGCACAAGAACGUGGUCUCUUGGACCACACUGAUUGCCUCGCUGACGAGGGCUGGCCGGCGUCACGACGCGCUCCGCCGCUUCUCCGAUAUGCGCACCUCUGGCGUGCACUGUGACUCGUACGCCUACGCGGCCGCGCUCACCGCGUGCACUGACGCCGGACUGCUGUCUCGCGGGCGUGAGGUGCACGCAUUCUGCGCCAAGCUUGGCCUCGACUCAAUGCCCUACGUCGCCAACACGCUCGCCACUCUGUACGCGCGCUACAGCGACAUCGACGGCGCACUAGCUGCCGUCAACCGCAUGGCCACGCGCGAUGUGGCCGCAUGGACAACGGUGAUCGCCGCCUACGUGCAGACUGGCCGUGCAAAGGAGGCUAUUGAGGCGUUUGUCCGAAUGGUUCGUGAGGAAUCAUCACCGGUUGCAUUGCCGAAUGAAUACACAUACGCUGCAGUUAUUGCAGCGUGUGCAGAUAUUGCUUGGGUCUGUCUUGGGGAGCAGUUGCAUGCGCAAGCUGCAAGAAAAGGCUUCGCCUGUGGACGCUCGGUGGCCAAUUCUCUUGUCACACUCUACACACACGCCGCGGGCUGUCUGUCAGCUGCUGAUGCUGUUUUCCGGGAGAGCAUGGUCAAGGAUGUUGUCUCUUGGAGUGCCAUUAUAUCAGGCUAUGCACAGGAAGGCCUUGCUGAGGAUGCAUUCGCUCUGUUCAGAGAAAUGAGGCAUUACAGCAGGUAUCCUCGUCCUAACGAAUUCACUCUUGCUAGUCUCCUAAGUGUUUGUGCAACUGUUGCGGCACUGGAUACUGGAUGCCAACUCCACGCGCUUGCUGUCGCUGCUGGACUUGAACACCAUGCAAUGGUCAGGAGUGCGCUCAUUGACAUGUAUGGAAAGAGUGGUAGCAUGUUAGAUGCUGAUAUGGUAUUUUUCCAUCGUGCGAAAGAUGAUGUUGUUUCAUGGACUGCAAUGAUUGUUGGACAUGCAGAGCACGGACAUGGCAAGAAGGCACUUGAGUUAUUUAAGGAAAUGUGUCGUAUUGGACUAAAGCCAGACCAUGUCACAUUUAUUGGUGUGCUCAAUGCGUGCUGUCAUGCUGGGGAGGUCGAGCUUGGAUUGAGAUACCUGAAUGAAAUGAAUCAGAGUUAUGGCCUGCAUCCUGCCAAGGAGCACUAUGGCUGUGUGGUGGAUUUAUUGGGUAGAGCUGGUAGAAUAAAUGAAGCCGAGGAAGUGAUCAGAAAGAUGGCUACCAACGAAAGAGAUGGUGUUGUUUGGACAUCUUUGCUUAGGGCAUGUUCAGCCCUAGGAGAAGAGGAAACUGGAAGGAAAGCUGCGGAGAGGGCAAUGGAAGCAGAGCCAUGGGGUGCAGGAGCACAUGUGGCGAUGGCAAAUCUUUAUGCCAGCAAGGGACAAUGGCAUGAGGCUGCGCAAGAGCGGCAUAUGAUGAAGCAGAAAGGGGUUGUGAAAGGCGCGGGUUGGUCAUCAAUCUCAGUUGGAGGGGAGGGCAGGAGAGUAGGGGUGUUUGUGGCAAGUGAUCACACGCAUCCCAAAGACAGUGCAAUUUACAGUAUGCUUGAGUUGAUAUAUUAUGGAGCUGGAAUGGCUCGCCAUGCACAUGAUCAGUUGGAUUUAGGAUCUGAUCUGGAUAUGAUGAUCAGUAGGAAGCAUCGACUACAUGAGCAUUUGUUUCCAUUCAGUGGAGCUUAGGAAGGUCUGGUCAUGCCAUUAUCAUUUCUGCUGCUGCUGUGAAGCAUUGAUUGAAUGAUUCGUACGACAAUGCUAUGUUCAUCUGAGAGAGACAACCCUCAAUAAGAUGGGUGCAAUAAUGUUAUGUUCAUCUGAGAGACAGCUCUAUCGGAUUUACAAGACACCUGUUCAAGCCUGCUCACAAAACCAAGAGGAACCACUGUAAGCUCGGUCUACUACAAACACCCAACAAAUUAUCACUAAGAUUGGCCCCCAUGCACCUACAUUUGGAAGAUAUGUGCACCGCCAAGAGUGUUUUUUUGCCUGGCUGCUAGCUCAAGACAAACUCCCAACAAGGAAAACCCUUCACAAGAGAAAGCUACUUCACCACUCAAACUUGUGAGAUUUGUCAUCAGCACACCGAGGACACAGAUCACUUAUUUUUUCAGUGCUACCUAACCACAAGCUUAUGGACUCCAAUUCACCUCCAUCCUAACAUACCAACCAUGCAAAGAAUACAGGACAGAAAACCCUCCUGUUCACUGCCCAAUAGGCUCUUUCAAUAAUUCUCUGUUGUGUUACUAGAGGAUUUGGAACCAUCACAAUGAAGUCGUCUUCAAUUUUUUUCCUCCAUCAGUCUGAAGGCUUCUGAGAAGUUGCAUCGAAGACUCUGGUCUUUGGUCUCAUAGAAUUCAGCGACAAGAAAAAAUUGUUCUCUCUUCUUGGAAAUCGAUCUUUGCUGAGCCUUUUUGGCCAACCCGGCUAAGAAAUCGAUCUUUGCUCAUCCCCUUCACCUCCUGUAAUUCCGUGUUUUUGUACAGUUGUUUGUUUUCUUCAAUAUAUUCAGGUGGGGAUUCCCCCCAUC